UCACAAUCCGUCGUAUGCUCGAUCUUCUACCGGUCGCAGGCCACUCUCCCCGCUUAAAUCAGCACAAUUAACCGAUCGCGAAUGACGUUUAAUUAAGUUCAGAGCAAUUAGCUAAUGCGUUUUUUACCUGCAUGGUCGCCGCUCCAGCACGCACACACACACACGCUUCCUCCGUGGCUCCUCAGAAGUGAAAAGUUUUCUUGCCUGCCCUCCCUCUCUCUCUCUCUCUCUCUCUCUGUCUGUGUCUCUCUCUCUCUCUCUCCUAUUCUCCCCCUCCCUUCAUUCGCCCUAUCCCUCUCUCCUUCCCCUCUUCCCUCUAGUAAACAGACCACAGCUCCCCCCAAGGCUGAUUGCUGACAUUCAGUAGGGACAGACACGGCUAUCAAAUCCCUUAUGUAACCCCCGCAGAUAGGAGAUAUUAUUAAUGUAUGCUGAAACGCAGAUUACUUAUUGAGCAAUAAAGAUAAGAGCAGAGAAAAAUGCACGACAGAUAAUUUUCCUAAAAAAAAAAGUAUGCCGAUGCCUAGAUUACAUGUAAUCCCCCGUUAAUAGAAAACCCUUCCUCGUUCUCACAUUAAAAGGUGAAUAAAAAAUGAGUCCCCAUUCUGCCAACCAGGGUUGUCGCAAAGAGUGUGACGAGUUAAUUAAGGCUGGCUGAAUAAUGGAGAUGUGACCGCGAAGGCUCCGCUCAGCACCACCCGCACGAAUUAUGACAUGUUUUCAAUCAAAUGAUAGGUGUGGCGCACUAUCAACAGUCGAGUAUGUGGAAUAAAUAUUUAUGAAGCAGAGGGGAUUAAAAUUGCACCAUCUGUAUGCCCCUGCGUUACUGGGACAGGAAGUGAUGUUCCUGAACACACUGAUAGGUGUCUCUAAUUGCGCCGGUGCAAAAUAAACUCCGCUGACGUGUAGGGGCUGCCCGGGUUGACCUGUCGUUCAAUUCUUGAUGCCGAAUUAUCUGGAUUUAAGGACUUGACUCGUGAAGAUGAGUGUGGAAGUGGAAAGAAAAUUUUUAUGUAGUGCUGACAUUCUGAAAACACUGGAGGAGAUCGGGGUGUGUGUUGGUCAGCUGCAGUUUCGUGACCAGUACUUUGACACCCCCAAGUUUGACCUGACUUUGAGAGACGUGUGGCUGCGUAAACGUAAAGGACGCUGGGAGCUCAAGUGCCCAGCGACAGUCAACGUGACAGAAGGGACUGGUGGAGAACAAUCUAAAGCUCAGGCAGCGCUGUGUACUCGCUACAAGGAGAUAACCAAUCUGCCUGAAAUCCAGCUGAGAGUGAAAGAGGUCAUAAAAGACAUUUGUGCUGACAGAGAGACAAACUCUUCACAGGAGGAUGAGUCUUGGCUGAGCAAAAUGAAUCUGGUAUGCUUUGCAGAGUUCACAACAGUGCGGCGGUCCUUCACUUUAGAGGAGGAAGGGGUGCAGAUAGAUCUCGACCAAGCUGACUUUGGCUACCAUGUGGGAGAGAUAGAGGUCCUCGUUCCGGAGGGAGGAGAUGUGCAGUCUGCCUUGGAGAAGAUUGAAAGAACGGCUCGAAAGCUGGGUCUGACUGGAGAUCAGCGAGUAGAAGGAAAAAUGACUGUUUACCUUAAAAUGAAUCACCCAGAGCACUAUGCAAAACUACUGAGUGAACAUGUUUUGUAAGACAUACGUGAUCUGUUACUGUCGCAGCGAAAUAGUAUGUAUUCUAUCUGUAAAAUAGGUUAUUAUUUAUUACAAAGCCUCAUUUUAUGAAAAUGUUAAAACUUGAACUUACUUAUGCUCACUGUAGUCACUUGUUGACCGAGACCUAGAUGUCUCAAGACACUUCCUGAAUUUAAAACCUGUAAAUUUACACGCAGGAUGCUAAAUGGCUUUUAUCCACCUGUCCUGUGCACCAUAUGCAAUAGUUGUUUUUUUUAUGGCUGUAAUAUGCAGAGGGUGAGAGGAACUGGGAACAAUGGAAAUAAAAGGGAGUGCCAUAACUGUCGUUUAACCGUUAA